GCAGACGUCAAAAUUAUUAUUUAUUAUCUAGUUAACAUGUUGAGCUCAAGAUUUAUUACAAGAAGUGUUAAGAUUUCGGGUGGUAGUUACAAAUUUUUUAUUAAGCAAUGUGUAUAACUACGUGCGUGCAUAUGAUUAUAAAAUUGUAUUUAUACCAAUGAUGUCAUUUUCACCAUAGGCGUGAUAUUGUUAAAUAUGGUAAUGUGGGCUUUGUGAAAUUAUUGGAUUAAAAUGGAUAUCAUACAAGAUGAAAAUAAGCACAGUUCAUCUGAAAAGACUGUGGAUUCCUUAGAAGAUUUAUGUGAAAAAGUUGUGGAAGAAACUUCUGCUGAUAAAGAAAUAAUGUCACAAACAAAGGAACCUGAAGAGAUUCCAGACACAGAAAAAAUGGAUAGUGCUAAAAGUUCUGAUGAAAUGAGCAAAUCAUUUUCAGAAGAACCUCAAAAAUCACAAGCUUUUACUAUAGAUUUUGGUGAUGGUAAACAAAUUGAUUCAACCAAACACAAAUUUCUUAUGGAUAAAUUAAAGAAAAGGCACCAACGAGGAGCAUCUUUAUCAAAACUUGAAGACACAAAACCAUCUAAAUCUACGAUGUCUAAAAGUAAAACCACACAAGGUGUAAGUAAAUUAGCAAAAACUAAUCAUAGCAAAGAAUCUGUGCAACCUGUGAAACAAAAUACUCGAGCUAGUGCAGGUAAAAAUAAAAUGCCAAUGUCAGUUAGUUUCCAUGAAUCAUCCAAUUUUGGGUUAGAUAGCAAAAGUCUCAGUCCGCGUACCAGUUUUCAUGAAAGCUAUUCAGAAGAAGUAAAUUUAUGCUCAUUACCAAAUAUAUCAACACACGAAGAAACAUUUGAACCUCCUCAUUCGACGAAAGAAUCAAAUAACGAUGUAAGCAAUGACUAUGAUUCAAAUAGUGAUGUUAGUGAAACUGGGACUUACACAAUUGAAAAUGAUACUUACACAGAAGAACAAAAGGCUAAGAUGAGUAUAGAUCAAAAACUAAAUUCUACCAAUACGGAAGUUAUUCGUAUUAGUAUCAAGUCAACAGGCUGUGAUAAUAAUAUAAAGCAUGAAGAAAGCCCUAUAUCAACAAAAAAUAUAAGUAAAACUAUUAUAAAUACCAAGGAUUUAACACCUGAUUGUUCUAACAAUGAAGAACUGGGUAAUUUUGUGUCCAACGGGCAUAAACAAUAUACUCCAAGUAAAGUAUCAUCAGACAAAAAUGUAUUAGAAGUAUCUUACUACUACGAGCCGCAAGAAGAAAGUAAAGCCAGGAGUAGAAAAUCUGUUUUAGAAAAGCUGAAGAAUCGUGUGAGAAACAUCAGUGAAAGAACCUUACAAAACAAACCAAAACAAGUUGAUAAUAAUUUAGAUAUUGGUAGUUUUACCAGCGUUACUGCCAGUGGAGUGCUUAGUAAUAAAAAUCCAGCAACAAAAAAUAAAAAUGAGUUUGGUGUUCGAAAUGAAUUGGAUAUAUUACUGAAAAGAAAGAAAAGUUUGACUAAAUCUGAGAUAGAAUCCAGUGACUAUGUUGAACCUGAUAGCAAAUUAAACAACUCUCAAUUGUGUGAUCUGAACAAACCUUCUAAAGAUAAUAAUAAGUUUGAGAACAACUGGAUUUACGAAUGGGCCAAGUCGGCUUCAGAACACAACAGAAGAGAACGUGAUAAAGCAAAUAAUGAGUAUCGUUACAGGGACUCCAGUACAGAUAAUGCAAGUGAUUAUUAUGGAAAUAAACAGAAUUCUCAUAGAGCUAUGUCAUUGCCUUUAGGUAGAACGAAUAAUGAUAGGAUAAAUGAUUCUAUAGUGAAAAGGCCACCACGUCCUCCUUCUGCUAGUCCCACAAAAAUACCUUCUCCGAUCUCAACUUUAGCACGACCUAGAUCGAGAAAUAGUGUCAGUUUAUCUGGGAGCACUACUGAAUUAAAUUCUCCCAUUGCUGACACACAUGCAUACUUACGAAAUACCGAAGACGUGAUCAAUAUUUUAUCCUGCAGUCUUUCAAAUAGCACUGGACCUAAAGUAUCCAAUUAUGCAACUUACUCCGACAGUCGCAAUGGAUCACCCAUGCAUAGUUUAGAUUCUUCCACAUCACCAAAACACAUAUCUUAUGUCACCAUAUCAUCUGACGGUGAAACUAGGUUAUCGCAAAGCAAUGAUUAUAACACCAGACCUUUGAAGUCUGAAUCAAGCCCAACAUCACCAAAAAGAACAUUUGGACCUUCAAGGCAUAAAAGGCACUUCUCAUUUGAUAAUUCAUUGUCUCAAAUAGAGUUUGCCUCACCUUCACACAAUAGACUGAUGAACAAUUCGUUGACCCAAAAGAAUAAUUUAUCUAAAGCUGUUUAUGAGCAUUCCCACAAUCUAAAAAAGCACGAUUAUAUAGAAAAGAAUAACAAAGAUUUAGGAUAUGGUGAUCAACUACCACCCAAGCCUAUCAAAUGUUUUAUAAAUAAAAAUGAUACUAAUUCUAAACUGAAUAUUGAUCAAACAAUUUCGGUUUCCAAGGAUAACUUGUUGAAGAGCACAUUCAAGGACAAUAACUUGCAAAUCAACAAUAAAAAUUCUUUUAACGACGUCAGAAACAAGUUAGCAAAACACCAGAAUUCACCAAAUUCAAGCCCGAUCAGACGUUCUAGCUCAUUUUCUUCACAUGCAAAUGAUACUCCUUUGAGGAGCAGACAUAAUAACACUCCGUUCAUGGAUUCACCUAGGAGCACUAGGAAAUACACAAACUAUAACAAUUACCAUGACAACAACGAUAAUUUCAGUGAUGGCAUCAAGUCCGAUUACGAAUACGAAAACGAUAAAACGACCCCAAAGCCUGAAAAAAUAAAAAAUACGCGUUGUAACCGCGCAUUCAGUUUACGACGAGCGAGACUAGAAUCCGAAAAAAGUGAUACAUCUGUAUCAGCAACCAAGCAACCUGCAUCCAAUUUUGUUCGUAACAAUGCUGAUUCUACCAGAAGAUCUGUCAGAAGUUCAUUUAGAGAAAAAAGCACUGGACCACGCGAUAUAAGUAUCAACAAGCGUCUUGCUAAUCCCAAACCAUCAGAAAACGUGAGUGAUGUAUCUUCUGCUGGACAGAAAAAAGUAACCGCGAGUGUGCAGCCAAGGUACAUGGAUAUUUCCAAGUAUAAAUCUCCAACUACUGCAUCAUUUUUGAAAAAAGAUGAGAGUAAAAGUUAUUUGGAAACGAAAAGUGUACCAGGAAGUGCUGCCAAGAAUAAAAAUCUGACCAGGAAUGAUGAUAUCAGAUUGAGUUUACGGUCUACAAGAAGCGCUGGCCCUGGGAAAGGUGUAAUUAAAAAGGACAUAGUUCCUGUACGAAAUCCCACAAAGGAGCAAGAAAUGGCAAAUUGGAAGCGCAGGGCCAAAUAUGAUCCUAUGAAAGCUGCUGCUGAAGGCAGAAAGAAGGCCGAAUUAGCUAAGAAAAUAGCUAGCUCCAACAUAAUGACCCAAUCAUUUAAUGAAAAUGAAAACUAUUCUCCAUUACAGAGCGGAGGAGCAGUUUUGAGGUCUCAAUCAUAUCAUGGGGCUGUUGGACUGGAAUGGCUAUCAGGGGGCAAUUCGAAGGCCUUUGGUUUCAAUCGAGGUGAAUCCAUAUCAGACACAAGUGACGAUGGAUUGAAUUACUAAUACACAAACUGCCGUCUGAUUAAUUUUAUGUAUGUGACAAUGUUUUAUAAAAGUGAGUCGAAUGCACUAAAUAUUUUUAACUCAUAAAUUCAUAUAC